AUUAAAAACUACGUUACCUUGGGUACCGGCUGACACCAAACUAUCCAAACUUGAUACAUUGCGACUGGCCACGAGUUACAUUGCUCAUUUAAGAGCGGUACUGAUGGACCAACCACCACCAAAUGACCAUCUACAUAAGCAUCCUCUCACACUCACAUGGCCUUUCAGUUUUCAAAGAACAGAGACAGCCGAUGGAGUUUACUCGGAACAGACCAAUCAGCAUCAGCAUUCCUGGGAUGAAAUACCAUCUUCCCAGCACCCCAUUGUUAGGGAUAAAGAUAUGACUUAUUAUUAUUAAUCCUUAUAUUAAUUUUAAUUUUUUUUUUGUCGUGGGAUACGAUUUAAAAGAGAAUAUUCAACAACUAAUAGCAGGGAUUAAAACAAAUUAGUUUCUAAAAAUUUUUUAAACGAAACAAAUUGUUGAAAACAUGAAAAAAAAUAAUUUUCAGUGAAAAUCAUAAAAAACAAAUAAACUGAAAAAAUAUUUUUUGUUAAUUUUUAUCAAGCAACUGCAUUCACCAACUACUAGAAUCAUAUCAAUUCUCUCUGAUGUAGGAUAAGUUUGUGGCAAAUUUCUGAGAAUUUUUCUUGUUUUAACUCACACAAAAUGAUAACUAGUUGUUAAAGUUGAAUUAAUUAGACAGCUAUGUUGAAGUAACGUUAGACAUACAGCCACCCCCACCUCCCUAAAUUUUAUUAAAUAGGUAAUAAACAUCUAGUGACACUAAAUCAUAUAAAUGAAAAUAUCUAGGAAAAUCUUUGUUUGAAGGGUAGACAACCUUAAUAGUAUUUUAAAGAGACAUGAAUUCUGCAUUGAAUAUCGGAAUAAUAUACUGGAUGUUCCAUUUAAAAUAAAAGAGUAACUUGCUUUUAAAGGUGACCAAUGUUCAAUAUUAAUUUUGUCUCACCCUGUAUAACUUUUUGCUUCAAGUUUUAAUUUGAUUUAAAGUACAAUAGUUAAUUUAACUACCUUCCUAUUAUGCUAUACCGGGUAAAUUCCAAUUUAGGUAGCUUUUAUUGUAAUUUAAAAAUUGCUCUUUAAUUAUAGAAAAUGUUAAAUAUGUCAAAACCUUACAUUUUAGUCAUAUACUUCUUCUAUAAAAAACACCUUUAUUUUUUGCCUAUUUGCCAAAAAUCAAUUAAUAUAUAGGGUGUUCUAUUACAAAAAAACACAACUUUGAUGGGGGACACCCUGUAGAACUGUCUAUAUUUUUAAAAAGUGCUCUAAAUUAACCUACAUAUGCUCAAAAAAUUUCAUUUCAAUACAAACUGUCGUUCUCCUUGGAGCCUCCGCGUCGUUUGAGAAGCGCCACCCUGUAUAAAGGAUAUUUUUUCAGAAGUUUCUGAAAAAAAGUAUCUCAAAACAAAUCUGGUUAACCUGGUUUUACAAUGAAAUACAGCCUAAAUUUAAUGUCAUUUUAAAUCUAAUUCGAAGAAAAAAAAAUAACGCCAAAAUCAAAAUUCAACGAAAUCAAUUAAUAAAAAAAAUCACAUAUGAAGCAAACUUUCUCUGCGACACUGUAUAUCAUCAAGGAUUACCGUGAGGAGCGACUUCCUGAAACUUUCGCCACAGGGGUGGAGAAAAGUAUCCGAUUACACACUCCCAAAAACGCCCCUAGACUAAUCGGUGUUAAUUUAUUCUUUCUGGAUGAAAUUCGGGAACGGUUUGGGGAUUAACAAUCGUUUAACGUGUGAAAAAUUAUGUCAGUGAUGAUAGCAAAUUUAUUAGAAAGAUUUAUCUUGUAUCUUUAAUCUUAUGGGUUUGUUUUUAUUGUAUUAUAUAUAGCUUAUGUUAUUUAUUUGGUUGUUUUUAGAUUUUAAUAUUUUGUAAUAGUGAUAAGUAUGUAUUUUUUGAAUGUAAUACAUGGUAUUAUAAUAGAUUUAAUUGUGAAGUAUAAAAA